CGAUGCUUGGGGAAGCCAACAUGAAGAUGAUUACGAGCGCUGCGUCCACGGUGAUGCCGUGGCUGAUUUCGAAUUUCCUGUACGAAGCAACCCCAAUCCACAACGCGUUGAAAAUAUGCAAUGCAAAUAUGUCUGGAUCUGGAAGAGUGCAACUUGUGAUGCUGCAUUUGGAUGCUGAAAAAAAUCUGUAUUGCAUGAGGAGCGAGAUGAGUCAAAUUUGGCUACGCGGAGAGGGCAUUUGUCAUGCGGGAUGCGCAUCGAUAAGCGCGGAAAAAACCUGUGAUGCGAGAGCAUACAUCACAGACGUCAUGGAUUAUGGAAAAUGUGCAUAACAAACAGACAUAUUUGCAUUCAAUAGAAAAUGCUCGUUGACAAGCUGCUCGCGGACGAAACGAUCAAGGGCAUUUUUGACGCGGUCGCCGAAUUAUGAGAGUGCACAACUCCGCCUCCCUCUGAUUCGUAUUGCAUGAGCAGCAAUAGAAACACCAGCGCACAUGGAGCCUGCGCAUGACAAGCUCAUGCGCGUCAUGUAGUACUGUUUAGGCUUUCAGAAUCUGUCAUGCAUAAUAGUAACGCAAGGGAGCACUUGGAUACUCAUGGGAUUUUGCAUGAGAAAUGAGAACGAGGGGGAGUUGUGCACUGUUAUACGAAGUGAUGAAGCAGCUGAAGGGCAUUGGCGCGUUUUCCCUGUUCACCGACGCGUUAGAAGAGGCUUGGAACUCGAUUAAGUCGAAACUGACCGGGGCAGAUUUGCCGAGCGAAGAAGUGACAAAUGAGGUCGAGGCGGAACACGAAAAUGCGCUGAGUGCCCUGAUAUAAAGUGCAAAAGUAUCGUACUAGUAGUAGUAGAAACAAGUAGCAUGAGAAGUUUUCAUCUGAGCGUGAGCAGACAUGAGUUUGGUAUAUGCGGAUUUACCUCAUUCAACAAGAAGGAGAUCGAGAUUAAGAUUUGCAUUUGUAAUGCAUGAUUUCGAUUGAGUACGUGUACGACGAGUGCGAUACUUUUGCCAUGCAUACCUGACCUUCACCAAAGAAGACCUAAUCGAGGAGGAGCUCGCGACCGAGUGCCCCAGCGGCUACGAGCCGCUGGCGGAUUCCGACGAGUGCGUUAUCAAAUGCAAAGAAAUAUGUCUUGGUCUGGAAAUUUGUGAUGCUGGGUGGCGUAUCAUGAGGAGGCCACAAGUGGGCUGGCCCAGCAUGACAAGUUUCUGAGCUUCUUUGGUGUUGCCUAUUCUGCAUGGCAAACUGCGUCUCUGCAUGACAGAAGAGUGGGGCUCUUGGGUAACGAGCAUGACAGAUUUCAGAGUCAUGCCAGACAAGCAUGACAAACUUGCAUUCUUCCAGACCCAGACAUAUUUGCAUUUGAUAUGCGUGGCGGCGAUGCGACUGCUCUACCCCCCGGACCUGACGCUCGCGGAGUCGGAGCGGAAACCGUGGAACCAAGUGGGUUUGAGCAAAGCGGAGAAAAUUGCCGUCAUCAGCGAGAGAAACGUGCCUCUCGGGUGCUUGAAAAAGUGGGACAUGGUGAAGCGUAGCUACACGCUGGAGUACAAUCGAGAGGCGGAGGAUGAUGUCGCCGCGGGAAGGCAUUUGCAGAAAGUGAAUCUGAUUUGUGUCAGGGUUUAAAGAUCAUCAUGACGCUCGCGAUUAAGAAGCAUUAUUUUCUCUCACUCAAGAACGAGAACUACAUUGUACAUUCAGAUUCAAGAAGUGGGGUUUGUUUCCUAGUUUUCAGAAGUUUUAUUGCAUCCGCUGUUUUGAGUUUAUCCUCAUUUUUUGUAAAAGAUGGAGAAGUAUCAGAAUCAGUAUCAACAUAAAGUUAUUUGCGUCUCGCUUUCGGAUUUUUGAUCAAUAUGAACAGCUUGCUACUUAAGUACAUGAUUUUCAGUUUCAACAAAAUACCACAUUUUUGUAUUGUUCAUUCAUCACUUAUUUUCGAGGCUAGCAAGAAUUACACCGCAUCUUCAUUUUUAAGAUUUUCUGUUGUAACAGUUGCAGUUGGGUUUGCUUUUCACAUGAUGCACAACGUACUAAUCUUCGCUUUAUUUCAGACAAGCUUUU